GUUCCUGUUCCUCCUCCUCCUCCUCUUGUGCUGGGGAUGAAGCACCUGGCACCAAGUGAUGGAGAGCUGAGACUGCUCCGGCAUCACCCCUUGGGCACUGGGCUCCAGCACUGCCCCGUCUUUGCUCCCCACCGCACCAGGUGCCGCUCAUCCGGGGCAAUGCCAAGCCUCGGGCAGGCGAGGUGGUGUGCGCCAGCAUCACGGCACCCCGGGGGGGGUGUGCCCCAUCCCACCCCAGGGCUGCAGCUGACGCGGGAUGCCGUGGGGUUACCCAUUAACUGCAGGAAUUUCUGGGGAGGAGGUGAGCAGCAAGCGGAGGCGAGGGGCAACACGGGACUCCUUAGACUUUGCUCUUGGCGUGCAUAUAAAGGGCCGCGGUCCCCCGUGGGCCACUUCGCUGGAGGGACGCGUGGAUGUGGCAUGGGGACAUGGUGCUGCCUUGAGAGCCCGGCCAGCCCCAGUCUCAGCAGGAGCGAUGCUGCCCUACCGGAGGGAGAGCCCAGCCCUGCCCCGCUGCCCGGUGCGGGGAGGAAGGGUGAUACACGGGCCCCAGUUCGCCUACUGCCCUAGCCCCCAAGCUCUGCACCGGCUGCCGGGUGCCCACACCUGCCCCUUCACCGUCGGUGCGGUGCCUUGCCCUGACCAUGGCUUCCCCUGCCCCGGCUCCCCCGGGCGCCUGGGCGAGGGCAGGGAGCGGUACGAGCUGGAUACGCUGCCCUGGCAGGGGCCCCGGCUGGGCUUGGAUGAGCUGCAGAAGCCAGAGCUGGGGUGCUGGGCCAGAGUCCAGUCCAUCUGUGUCUCCCUUCUCAAGGUGCCCCUGAUGUUCGGGUUCCUGUACCUCUUCGUGUGCUCCCUGGACGUGCUCAGCUCUGCCUUCCAGCUGGCCGGAGGCAAGGUGGCUGGGGACAUCUUCAAGGACAACGCCAUCCUCUCUAACCCGGUGGCUGGGCUGGUGGUGGGCAUCCUGGUGACCGUGCUGGUGCAGAGCUCCUCCACCUCCACCUCCAUCAUCGUCAGCAUGGUCUCCUCGGGGCUGCUGGAGGUGCGUUCUGCCAUCCCCAUCAUCAUGGGCUCCAACAUCGGCACCUCCGUCACCAACACCAUUGUGGCCCUCAUGCAGGCUGGUGACCGCAGUGAGUUCAAACGGGCCUUUGCCGGUGCCACAGUGCAUGACUGCUUCAACUGGCUGUCAGUGCUGGUCCUCCUGCCGCUGGAGGUGGUGAGCGGGUACCUGCACCAUGUCACCCGCCUGGUCGUGGCCACCUUCAACAUCCGCAGUGGGAAGGAUGCCCCCGACCUGCUGAAGAUCAUCACAGAGCCCUUCACCAAGCUCAUCAUCCAGCUGGACAAGUCGGUGAUCACGGGCAUUGCAAUGGGGGACGAGAGCCUGCGCAAUCGGAGCCUCAUCCGCGUCUGGUGUGGGCCCACACCCCCACAGACAGCUGCUGUGGAGAUUGGGCCCCCCCUGAACUGCACAGCCCCCAGCCACUGCAGCACUAAGGUCAUAGAGAGCCUCCACAACAUCACCAGGCAGAAGUGCGAGCACCUCUUCACUGACACACCGCUGCCUGACCUGGCUGUGGGGCUGGUGCUGCUGGCUGGGUCCCUCAUCGUGCUCUGCACCUGCCUCAUCCUCCUGGUCAAACUUCUCAACUCCCUGCUCAAGGGGCAGGUGGCCAAAGCCAUCCAGAAGGUCAUCAACACUGACCUCCCGCACCCGCUCAGCUGGCUCACUGGGUACUUCGCCAUGGUGGUGGGUGCUGGGAUGACCUUCGUGGUGCAGAGCAGCUCUGUCUUCACCUCAGCCAUCACACCCCUGAUCGGCCUGGGGGUGAUCAGCAUCGAGCGCGCCUACCCGCUGACCCUGGGCUCCAACAUCGGCACUACCACCACCGCUAUCCUGGCUGCCCUGGCCAGCCCAGGGGACAAGCUGGCCAGCUCCUUCCAGAUCGCCCUCUGCCACUUCUUCUUCAAUAUCUCCGGCAUUCUGCUGUGGUACCCGCUGCCUUUCACCCGCCUGCCCAUCCGCAUGGCCAAGGCACUGGGCGAGCGCACGGCCAAGUACCGCUGGUUUGCCGUGCUGUACCUCAUCGUCUGCUUCCUCCUGCUGCCCUCCCUCAUCUUCGGCAUCUCCAUGGCGGGCUGGCGGGCGCUGGUGGGGGUGGGCGCACCCUUCCUCGGCCUCCUCUUCUUCGUGGGGCUGGUGAAUGCGCUGCAGGUACGCAGCCCCGGCCGCCUGCCCAAAUGGCUGCAGACCUGGGACUUCCUCCCCGCCUGGAUGCACUCGCUGCAGCCCCUAGACCGGCUCAUCACUCGGGCCACCCUCUGCUGCACCGACCGCUGCCGCAGCCCUGAGGGCUGGGAGGAGCGCGAGGGCCCUCGUCCUGACAAGGCCAGGCUGGGGCUGGACAACCCCGCGCUCUCCUACCCCGAGGAGGUGCCCAGCCCCGCUGUCCGGGUGGGCUCCCCUCGCCCGACCCUGCACGGUGCCACCCGGCUCUAGCUGGCACCGGAUGCCCGGGCCACCGCUCCCAUGGCCACCCAGUUUCCGCCGUCCCCGCUCAGCUGGUGUCUAAUAAAUGCCGAGCGCCCGCGCCCCAGGUGUGUGUCUCUUCACAGAGGCUCCUGCCUCUGCAAAUCCUGCCGGAGCCGCAGCCGGAGCUGCAGGUGCCAGAUGCCCACCAUCCGCCCCUGUGGCCAUACACCACCACUGCACAGACCGGUCCAGUAUGGGUACCCGAUGCUGGGGAUGCACCAAACGCGCUGCUGGUGCCGUGGGGGCACAUGCUGACAAUGCCGCAACUAAACCCUGCGGUUUGCAGCCAGCCUGACGUGCCACAGGCAGCAUCUUCUUCCACCUGCCUCAUCCCCGGAGGGCCGAGCCCGCAGGGUCCAUGCUGCACCGCUAUGUGUCACGGCAGUGCGUGGGUGAUCUGGGCACAGCACAGGGCAGCUGGCGAGGUGCUGCGGUGCUGCCGGGCUGGGGCUCAGCGAGAUGUCAACUCGGCGUGGUCAGGCAGUGUCCCCAGCCUGCUGGGUACCCCAACGCCCACGGCAGGAGCCCUU